AUGCGUACAUGUCAUAAUCAAGGUAGUAAAUAUUCUAAUGUAAAAGAUCGUUUAGUAUCACAUCAUAAAACAAUGAAUACAACUGAUUUAAUCAAUAAUAGAAAACAGUUAAGCAAUGAGAACGAUGAUAAUAAUGAACUGGGUUUAUUACACUGUAAUGGGCAAUCAUCCAUAUCAUCAUUGACAACGGUUAGAACAUCGCCACAAAUCACAAUAACAACAGCGACGACAACAACGACGACGACGACAACAACAACAACAGUACCAUCUUAUUGUUCAACAUUAAACAAACCUAUUUGUUCUUUAUGUGGUGAACAAUUUAAAGAAAAACAUCAUUUAACUAGACAUAUGCUAUCACAUACAUAA